UUGUGGUGGGCGGGCGUGUGUUGCUGUGAGGGACCGCCUAGCACACGCUCACCUGCCGCGCGCUCUUUGUGUUGCUGGCUGCUGCUACUCCUUGCCCGCCUCUGUUCCAGGCUCAGCUCCCAUGCCUCUUCAUCGUCGAGACGGGACUCGCUGGAGUCUGCCGACGAGGAUGACGACGACCAGUUCCUUGUACUACAUUGUCAUUGUUUUAGCGAGCGUGAUUGCAAGAGACGGAUCACAGGGCCACAGUCUCCCUCAGACCAGGGGGGCCCAGGCUAGCAGUCAUUGGGAGACCAACCGCAAACUGUUUGAAGACCUGGUGAGUCCCGCCAGUGACAACCACCACUCCAUCACAUCUCCGCCGCCUCCACCACGUUAUCAUCACCAUAAACGAUCCUCCGUUGCCAUCAAACACCAGAGGCGAAAUAAACCUCACCACCAUAAGCGUUCGAAUUCCAAAACACAUUCGAAAUCAGUAAAGCGACAUGCUAGUUACCUGUCAUUAUUCGGCGACAUGAAACGUAAUCAUGGAAGUUUCAACAUCCCGUUCUCCGACAUGUACCAGUACCACCACAGUGCUCCCCAUUUCUUGCAUCUUAAACACUUACAAAACCAACACAACAUUAUGAUGAACCGACUACACUCGCAGAUCGACGACCACAUGAUGAGGAUGAGAGAAAGAAUUUCUCCCAUACAUUAUCAGCAAAAUUACCAACACCGUUUUCAGAGUCCCCAACAUCAUCAACAGAACCAUCACAAACAUCACCAAUACCGUCCUCAAGAACGCCCCAACCACUACCAACAUCAACCACAACGUCAUCACAACCAUAGGCAUCAUCCCCAACAUCUAAGUCGCUUCCAACAUCACCAUUCCAACCGUGUCCCGCAGAGUUCGUCACCACCAAGUCAGAUCAGACAACACGAACGUUCCAACAAGCACACAGUUGGGAGGAAACAGUUCAAAAUCUUCAGGAGUCAGGCGGAGGACAUGCCCGGGGACGUCGAGGUGUUCAGUGGCCCACGACCAUUAGCACCAUCCAACAACACGACCCCAACCAGCCGUACUGACAACAAUCCCAACAGAGGUUAUAGGAAGAACUGCACCACCCCAGUUAGCCGAGGCCAGGGAGUUUUUGAGCACCCCUUCCACCAUACGAUUAUCAAAACUACAGCAUCCUCGCAUGGUAGAUCAAACUUCAAACCUAAUACUCCCCAACAACCUCACAGCCAGUUUUUCACACCGAUUUUUCCUGGAGUUCCAACACCCACAUCGAAUCACCCUAUCCACGGCAACACAGCAUUAGUCACAGGACUUUCACGCCCCUCAACGCCCCUCUUGAACCAUGUACAACACCACAGCUCAGGAGACCAUCAAGAAUCAGUCCAGGUCAGCGUCGAGGAUCACCUAGACCCACUGUCGUCUGUUAACCAAGGCCUAGGAAGGCCCCAGGAAGGUGACAUCGCGUGCAUCAAGUGUCCGCCGGACGCCCAUGUGGAAGCGCCUAGAGGCAAGGACUGUGUGUACGCCCACUUCCCCAGCCCCCUGUCCUGUACACCCAGGUGGGGGGAGGUGAGGACCGUGGUGACUGAGGGCCCCACGCCUGGUACACGCCUACAGGAGGGCCGCUACGCCAUGGUUAUCACAGUGGUGGCUGGCGACGCUCUCUCCUCCAUACCCAUCACCUCCUGUAGGUUUAAUUACAACGUACAAGUACGCAAGUGUGGUGAGUUGCCGAGAGGUGGAGGGUUGGAGGUGUUCUGCACUGCGGGACGCGCCUGGGGUUCCCGCUGCUCCUGGAGAUGUAUAAAUGGACUCACCCUCCAAGGCUCCUCCUCCACCACCUGCACCGGCCACCGACACCCUCAUUGGUCACACCCGCCCCCCGCUUGUACAGAGCCGACUUCACCUGCUCCAUCUGGCAGGAGGGGCUGUAACCCCCCACCAGAGGUCCCGAGAGGUCACUAUGUUUGUGAGACCUCCACGGGAUCUUCCAGAAGAAUUUCCAUCCCUAAGGAUGCCCCCGCCAUUACCAGGGACACCACACACGUGGCUCUUGUCAGCCACCUGGAAGGUAUUGUGUGCACGCUGCACUGUGAUCCUGGGCGAGUGGUGGGCGUGUCGCACCGCGGACGAAGUAAGCUUACCUGCGCUCCAGGUGGCCAUUGGGACCACCGCCCACCCCCGUGUCGCCGGCAGGUUACUCCAGUACUUAAGGCCGGGGAGUGUGAGGACCACUCUCUCACCUUCCCUCACUCGCCCCUCUCCUUCCUGCCGCUGCCUACUUUCACCACUGCCAGCGGCGUCCCCGCCCACGUCACCUGCCUCCUGGAGGGCACAUCACACGGCCUCUACACCAGGACCUGCACGGCCAGGGACCCCGAGCUGGAGACAUCAACCAUCUGCAAGUACAGGAUCAUUGUCAACGGUGGAAACUUGGAUCCUGAUGCUGACAUUUUACCUAGUACAUUUGGCAAGCAACAUCACCCAUCACACUCGAGAGAAGAUGAAGGACGAGGUUUGCACACUGAGAAUGAUGUUGACGGUGCUCUCACACUCAAUAUGGAUGAGAAGUCUAUCGUACAGGAGAUACAUCAAGAUUUUGGCGACAACGAAGGUACAAUAGACGGUAACAAUGGCAAGGAAGAUCAAUCCAGGAUUUAUAAUGAAAGAGGGGAUAGUGAUGUUGAAUAUGUUAAUAAGGAGUUUGAUUAUUAUUACGACGCAAGUGACGAUGAUUACAAUGAUUAUUCAAUCAAGUAUGAUAAUAGCAGUGUAAGGAUGCCAGAGUUACGAGUGGAUGUAAACAAGUUAACGAUAUCACCACUAGCAGACGUAUUUGGGAAUGCGAUUCAUAAUAACAGAGCUGACACCGUUGAAAAGGUUAGAAAUACGGACGAUAGAAAUUUCACAGACGAUAAUGGAGAGGACACUCGUUCACACUCACUAAAAAUAAAUAGUCAGGUAAACACAAAUCGAAUCGAAAUUGAAUCUGAUAGCCAUUUUACCCUGGUAGAUUCCAUGCCCAAAGUGAUGGAAGAAGACAUGUCUGAUUUAUUUCCUCUAUUCCGAGAACAUCCUGACGGAGACAUCGGAGUCCACAGUAAAAAAGGUCAUUCAAGAGGCAGGACUAAAGAGCAACAGGAGAAAGAAGUAAGAAAACAAACGGUAAAUGAUGUGCAUAAUGAAACUGAAACCAGGAAAAUAUACAGUGUCGGCGAGGCUGUCAGCACUAACACCAGUCCGGAAGUUGCUGUUGAUGGUGACGAAAUCGGCAAGGAAGACGAGAAGAAACUCGAGUCGAGUGUCAAAGAACCUGGUGAUAUAACAAAGGCGAAAGAAGAGGUGAAAGAUAACCAGGCGUUAACAGAGUCUGUGAUUAAACUUGACGAGACAAAGCAGAUAAACCCGGGAGACUCUGGUGUAAUAGAGCUCCAGCCAAGUACAUUCCCAUCAGUUGUGCGGGAAGAAAACUACAAGAGAAUGGUUGAGAUAGAAGAAAACAGCAGGAAGAGGGAAACUAUGGAAGAAGAUAGCAACGCUGGAGUGUUGGAGGAGGACAAUGAAGAAGAGAGUCAAGCCGCGAUGAUGGAGGCCAUGUUGACAAUGAAGGUACUUAUGGAGGACUGUGGUGCCACGGUGGAGGUGGAGCAAGUGGUACAAGAGGCGUUGCUUGGCCAGGUAACCUGCAAUGGUCUUACUUGCCACCAUCCACACGCCACUUGCACCCACACGUCAGCGGGUGGAGGCAGCGUGAGCGUAGUGUGGGCGGUGGGCGGCUUGUAUGAGGCUGUUGGCGACUAUUACUAUGACGACCACCACGUGCCUGAGGUGGAGACGGCGAUAGCGGCUGUUCUAGAGUCGACGCAGGAGGUGUUGAGAUCGCCGUCCUUCACGAGGUCUCUGGAGGCCCUGGGAGCCACCCUUGAUCUGUCGUCCUUCAACCUGACCCAGCUUGACCUGUUGUGUCGACAACUAGGUCACGGCCUUAACCCAAACACCAACCGCUGUAGCUUGUGCGUAGCAGGGACGUACAGUCGAGAUGGAUCGUGUGUACCGUGUCUGGCUGGGACGUACAUGGACCAGGCUGGACGGUCCACUUGUGUACCAUGUAAGGAGGGAAGCCACGCUCCUCGCCCCGGCAUGACUCACUGCUUAUCUUCCACUGUACCAGAACACGACCCCGGGGCCUUGUCUCCUUCACGUGCAGACCACGAGGUAGAGAAGGUGAGGGACCCACACGUGGUCCAGUACGUGCUGGGGCCCUCCAUGGAGGUCUCUCAGGGACGCAAGCAGCGGCAGGCCCCAUACCCCUCCUACAAAGGAUGCUACUCCUGCACCCUCGGUGGGCUGGGUUCCUCAAGCUACGGCAGCAGCAGCAGCUAUAGUUCAGGGUCCUAUGGCGGAAUGGACAGCCUGGGCAUGAUGGGUCCUGUAGAUGUUCCCCACACAUCUUCCCGCCAGGAAGUCCGCAGUCAGCAGCAAUUCGUUAACGGCCAACCAGUCUACGAACUGCACCAUGAGCGUCGCUUCCAAGAUGGGCAGCUUGUUCACGACCAGAAGACGGAGAAAGACGAAAAUGAUCUGGGUUUCUCGCCUCAGCCAGUGAGCGGUUACUCUGGCAGUCAGGUCUCUUCCAGUGGUAGUAGUUACACCAAAUCUGGAGCAAGUCGGUAUACCCAGCCUGGCUAUGGUGAUGAGUUAGAAGGGUCUUACGUCCAAAGUCAAAGUCUUGGUUCCACUGGAUAUGGCUCUGACGAUGCACCUCAUGAUUCAUCUUCUGAUUUUAACUCUGAGAUGGCUCGUAUGCGGGAGCAGUUGAGGCGUCAGAUGAUGUCCUAUGGAUCACGUCAACCUGCGUAUCACCGUAGUGAGGUACACUCCCAGGCCCGGUAUGUAAAUGGUCGGCCAGUCUACGUCAAGAACGUUGAGAGAAAAUAUAAAGAUGGGCAACUGGUACACAACCGCACCGAGGAGAAAGGUCCAGAUGAUCUUGGCACAAGAAACAUCGUCGGAGAGCAUAACUCUGCAGGGCCUGUAGGAGACAGUCAUUCUGGUGGUUAUUACGAACAUCGUCAAGAGCACCAAGAACAUUCCUCCAUUUCAUCCAGAGACAACCAGAACACUUAUCCGAGGUAUCGACCGGGCUAUUCCUCAGAGUCACAGGGACGCCACCAAUACUCUUCAUACCCCUCAUACAGACCAUCAUCCUCGACACAGUAUACUCAAGAAACAAGAGAUUCAUCAACCUCCUACAGGCCAAGUUAUGAUAGUUCUUCAAGGCGAUACUCUGAGGAUUCAAGAGCAUCUUCGUCACCCACUUCCUAUCCGUCCCACAGACAAACUUAUGGAAGUUCCUCAACACAGUAUUCUGGGGAGUCGGAGUCGAGAGAAACAGCUCCCUCUUCUCCAUAUAGACCAACUUCAGGAGUGUCUUAUACCUCACACCAACCAGUUCCAGGAAGUUCAACACAAUAUACUGAGCAAUCUAGAGAAUCUUCAUCAUCACAUUCGUAUCCUUCCUACAGCUCUGGAAGUUCCUUAACACAGUAUUCAGGAGACUCGAGGGAAACUUCAUCUUCCUCUCCUCCAUAUAGACCAACUUCAGGAAGUUCAACACAAUAUACUGAGCAAUCUAGAGACUCUUCCUCAUCACAUUCUUAUCCUUCUUACAGCUCUGGAAGUUCCUUAACACAGCAUUCAGAAGACUCGAGGGAAACUUCACCUUCCUCUCCUUCGUACAGGCCAACUCCAGGGAGAUCUCAUACUUCAUAUACACCACCCUCAGGUUACUCACCACGAAAUACUGGAGACUCGCCAAAUCCCAGACCAGCUUCUGGAAGGUCUUCAACAAGGUAUACUGAAGAGUCACAGGAAACUUCAACCUCGUAUCCUUAUAGACUAGCUUCUGGAAGUUCCGAGUCUAGACAACCUUCCCCUUCAUACCCCUCCAACAGACAAUCUUCUGGAAGUUCUUCAUCACACUACUCCGAAGAUUCCCGCGAGUCCACUUCAUCACAUAUGGAUGUAUCUCAGACAAGACGCAUUAGCGGUCAUAGGGGUUCAAAGGCUUCUCCUGAUGACCUCGGUGACUUAGAAAGAACAUUGGUACAACAAAGUGCUAGAAAUCCCAAUCCAGGUCAGUCCAUUACACAGAUUACACAAGAGAGGUCCGAGUCCUCACACAGGGAGUCAGGUGGGUACAGACAGCCCUACAGACCAAGUCCUACAGGAGGUUACAGUCACAUGCAGUCGGAAAUCUCAGACGAGCGAAACAGUGCUUAUGACAGUAGAAGGGCCGAGACCUCUAGGAGCUCCUCGCCCAGGCUACCACACACUUCUGGUUCCAGGGAUAGAGCUCACACUGUGACCUUUGACCUGUCUUCAUCAGAUUCAGAGGCGUCCCUUACUGACCAGUUAUUAGGUACCAGCCAUGGUGGGCGACGUCAUGACACCCAGGAGGAAGAGCAUCAUUCUUCUCUGUACGAGUCUCAGCAUUCAGAUGAUGACAGUAUCCACAGUUAUGGGCAACAGCAGCAAGUGGGUAUUCCAGGAGCGAUAAUUGGACCAGUGUCUAGUGACGAUGAUGGCGACGAUGAUAACAACAAAGAGCGCUAUGACAUCAGCCCUCAUGAAGAUGGCUAUGUAUAUGAAAUUCCAUCCGUUGAUAACGAAAUGGAUUCUGCUUUCUUGCCUCGAGUUGACAUCGAAGUUGAUAGUAGUGACUUCAGCCAAGAUUAUGAGGAUGACUCAUACAAUUCGCGUGUUGAUGAAUCCUCCGACCUUUUCCAUACGCGUGCUGAUGAAUCAUCUGGUCUGUAUAACUCGCAUGAUGAUGGAUUAUCGGGUCACGAUCAGCGAGGGCCUUACUCAGGCUACUCCAGUUCAUCGCGCUACUACAACAGCACCCACACUAGACAAGGUGACCUCAUUGGUCAGGCUACCCCCUCAGUUUCCCACACCCGUUAUGAUAAUUCAAGGGCAUCAGUCGCUGAUGAAACCAGAAAUACCUACCCAGGAUCUGUAGGCUCUAGUUAUCACCACUACAAUGAAAGCCGUAGACACUCCUCAGUCGUAAGAGAUCAGCAGCCGCUAGAGCCACUCGCUGGAUCAUUAUCAGGUUCUUCAUCAACAGCAUGCACAGAGUCAGAGGGUUGUGUAAUCGUUGGCUCCCCGCUGAUAGGUUCUCAGCGCUCCGAGAUUCGCACUACCAAGAAGUACCUCAAUGGACGCCUUGUGGGGGUCACCCAUCACGAGCGGCAGUAUGAAAAUGGGGAACUAAUUCACGAGAACAAUACAGAUCACGGUGGUGACGAGUUGAUCGGUAUGGACCUGAGUGCUUAUGGUGAUGACCAACUGGAACUGAUGCAAGGCAGCUACCAUCCUGGGAGUUACUCUCAGCAACACGAGGUUAAACAGGAAAAGAAGUUCGUGAAUGGCGAACAAGUGUACGAUCUGCACCAUGAGCGCCGCUUUGAGGAUGGCCAUCUUGUUCAUGAGAACCGGACGGAGAAGGACGAGGAUGAUUUUGGUGUUGGAAGACUAAGCGAGGGUCGCCUGGGCGUGUCUUACCUGGACAACCAGGUGGCCAGUGACUCCAGGCACGAGGUGACACAGUCGCAGCAUCUUCAACAGCAGGUGACUUCUGGCCGGGUCGCAGGAGGUGGUGUAGGCCGCUCCACUCAGACACAUCAGGUGUCUGGAACUGGACGGGUGUCAGUGGUUCCUCAGUACACGCGCCGUCGUUACGAGACACGUCGCCAGCAGGAAUAUGUUGACGGACUCCCAGUGUACGACCUUCACCACGAGCGUCGCUUCCAUAACGGGUCGCUGGUGUAUGAGAACAGGACUGAGCUGGACGAGAAAGCACUGGGUGGUGCCGGCAACUAUGAUGCCCUCCACCAAAUCCUGGCAGGUAACACCCUCAACACACCCUCACAGUCCUCGUACAAUAGGAAUGCAGACUCCUCUAGAGUUGGGGCCUAUGGGUCGCAUGGUGAGUUACAGGAGACUUCUCAGAGUGCUGAAUCCUAUGGUGGAUCGACAGUGUCGCAAACUAGAGAAUCACACAGCUCCUCAACUGCCCAUGAUGGUUCCUUGGGAACCUAUGGUGGUUCAGGAUCCAUAAGUGGAUCUACUUCAGCUAGUGAGGAAUCCUCCACAAGGCGCAACGGUGCUACUACCAUAGUGCUGGGCGGAUCAGGUUCCUCAUUGACUGGAUCAGACUCUAUACGUAGUGGAUCAUCUGCUUAUGAAAGAGGUGGAUCAUCAUCAUCGUCCACCUAUGGCUCAGAGUCCUACAGAGGUUCAUCUCAGCAACAUUCGCCAGGAAGAACGAGGCCUUCGGGAUGUCUCACCUGUGUCCUUUUGGGAGGCUCGGGAUAUUCCAGUCAAGACUCGUCUCACAGGGCUUCCCAUGGUUACCCGGGAGUGGUGGAUGGAGGAUACAGCGAGAGGAGAGAGAUAAAUGCUGAGGAGCACUAUGAGGACGGUCAGCUGGUCCACGGUUACGAGGAAUCUCGCAGGUUCCAGGAUGGACAGUUGGUCCAAGAGAACAAGCGCCAAUACUCUGAUGUGCCAGCACAGGUUUCUUAUCCAGCGGCACUUGAAUCUGCUGGGACCUCCUACGUGACCCCUGCCUCAGUGUCUUCAUCACAUACUUCAGGAACAAGCGUAAAUGUCACUGUGGAGGAGAACACGACAGAUGUGUGUCAACCCAACCCGUGCCACUAUGGAGGAACUUGUCUGGCCGGUCUGCACGGUCCUAUCUGUGCCUGCAAUUUUGGCUUUAAAGGUCCUGUAUGUGCUGAACUGGGUUGUCCAAAAGGAUUUUGUCGUCGCGGCGGAAAGUGCAACAUAGAGGAUGGUGUCCACGUGUGCUCUUGCAGGAGUGGUUACUCGGGUCACCGCUGUGAAGAACGUACCCAGAGACAUUGGAAAAAGCAUGCCCGCAGACAUGCCAGCAAGCCCUGAACCGUCAAGUAACCUGCACCAAACACCAUGACUUUACAGGAAGACAAAAUGAAUGAUGGCUUCAUUCGCUUGAGCACUGCUAAAAAUUAUAUACAAAACUUUGUAUACUUGAUAGGUUGGAGGUUCGUUCUGCGGCCAGGCAACCAGAUACGACUUAGGUGGAGAACCUUGGCCACUGUGGCCAUGCUUUAGUUGGGAAACUGGAUCUAAAGGGUUGUAAAUGCUCAGUAGUUUAAGUUCUUAGAUCCAUUUACUUAAUUCCUACUUAUCUCCUGUAAGACUGUCAUAAGCCCCUCACUGGGGUGCGAGACACAAACAAAGUUAUUACCUUUAAGAAGGUAAAGCGACACAUCCAUGAAGAUUAAUCCAUUACAGUACUAUAAAAGUAUACUCGGUCUCCUUUUACUAACAAAGACUGGUCCCGUUUUCUUUUCCAUGUCAGGUUAUAAUAAUAGGACCUUCCUGUCGUGUAGUGAUCGUGGGCGUGAUUAUCUUGUAAAUCAGUGACAAACCGCUCUCUGGCUUAAAGUCAAUAUAGAAUUACAAUGCAGGACUAUGAAAAUUAACCGUUCAGCUAUAGACGUAGUUGUCCUAUGCUUCUAUAAAUUUUGGAAAUAGUGAAUGCGGUAUGUUUAUAAAAAAGAUUUUCAAUGGUAUAGCAGAUACUUUAUAAUGAUAUGUGGGAUAUAUAUGAUUAUAAGCAGUAAUAGACUUAAUGUUGGCAGGAUUUGACAGUCUGUUUUGGAAUAUUAGACAUUUCCAUAAUUUUGUCCAAUUGUCAAUCAGUCUCGCAUUAUUCUUUUAUUCUCAAGUAAAUGGAGUGGAACCAAUACGCCAACUUACAAUAAAAAAAUCACAUAUACAUAAUACAAAUGUGAAAAAAGUUCAUCAAGUCUUCUAGAUUUACACUUACUGAAUUCCUUAGAAUAAGCUCAUCAAAUGGAUUAUUCAACGUAUUGUUGUCAUUAAUCUGGGAUUUUUUAUUUAAGACCAGUGCUGGAAAUAACGAAGCACUGUACACCAUUCUUAAUGUGUUACCACUUGAUCUCGUUCAGUGUUUUCUUAAGGUUUUUUUUUACUGGUAUAGGCUUAUUUUAGAUGUUAUUUAAUUUUAUUUAUUGGUAAACUAUUCUUAUUUAUAAAGUAAUUCAUUUGUCAUAUAAACACCUAGAAUUAUUAUUCUUUUGCAUAAUGUUUACUGUAACCAAUUAUGGUUUUAAAGUGUUUUAGGCUUCAAAAACAGGAAACUUAACAGUAAUGAUAAUAGGUUUUACUUAUUGUUCAUGAAAAAUACAAACAAGUAAGUGUAACGAUGGUGUAUGUUAUGUCACUAGGGACACGCAUAGUUAUAUUAGGGUCGCCCAAAUGCAAACAUAAAAGCAACUAGUAAUGAUUCCAUGUGGCAAACUGUAUGUCACUUCGUUCUGCUCUGGCAUUAUUGUGUAUCACAUUUAUAAUUAAGACUUUUUAUUAAUUUUGAGCCAUUUUAUUAUCAUUAUUAUUAUUAUUAAUAUUAUUAUUAUUAUUAUUAUUACUAAAUUAGAAUUCCUUGCUUAUCACAUUACCUAAUAAUAGACUAAUUUAUACUUAUAUUUUACGAUCUUUAGGUUUCCUCCCUUGUCACGAAACUGUACUCACGGCUUGUUUCAACCUCACACUGGCUAUGAUCAGUGCCUGAUGCUCUCUUCUUUUCCUUAAUCCAAAUUUAUGUCCCAUUAUUACCUUUAAAUUCAAUAUUGGUGUAUGGUUACUGUUAGUGUGAGUUUGCCGUAGACUUGAUUCAUUCCUCUGAAUCACACCACAGAUUCUCAAAAGGUGCGUACUUUUUUCACUAGCUGGAGGGAGAGUAUAAUACAAGUAACGUUUGAAUCUCAUUUUAAUUUGGGGAGAAUCUAUGUGCUCUUGAGUUUUUCCCCAGUAUCAUAGAGAGAAAGAGAACUUGCAACUAAAUUGAUUAACACAUUGCUUUGGGAUGAAAUUUUCCAUAUACAAGUAUGUGAAUCUAGGUGCAGGUGGGGAAGAGAAGCCAAGGACUUGAGGCCAAGUUCUUCACAAUGAUACAUAACAGGUUGUAAAGCGGAACAAAAAAAUAAUUAUUCAAAUAAACGUCCAGAUUAUAA